UAACUGUCUUGCAGAAGCCCUGGACCGUACUAGCAGUCUCUCACCCAAAUGAGAGGCGCUCGCAAAAGCUCCUCACCUCUCCGCCAUCCUCUCCCGCACCGCGUCGUGUCUUAAGAAAGCCGCGUCCAUCGCCAGUAACAGCCCAACAAAACAUCCCUGCCGAGGAUACAGUUCUCUCCCUCCUCCGCAUACCUCAAGUGCUCGAUCUACGGCAAGAAGCCUCCUGCAACUGACGCGCCGCCGCGCAGCGCGGCUGAACAAGUGACGGCGUGACGAAGAACUGGCUGGUGUGCGACUCCCGCGGGGCGUCCCGGGUUAUCGUGGGGCGCAAGGGUCUGUCUCGGGACGCUGCGGAGGCGCUCGUCGAAAAGCAGAGGUUUCAGCUCGCGUCGAUGCACAAGGAAUCGUGUCCCGUGGAAGACGUGUCCGUGCGAUAGUGAGCGAAUAAGCGUCUCCUUUAUAUCCUCGUAGAUGGCUCCUCGCGAAGUCAAAUCCCGCGCACUAUCCGCGAUGACGAGCGCGUCGUCGACGCUUCCCCGGGGCGCAGACCAAAAUGCGGCCCACCGGCAGUUCGAAGGCAAACGAUACCGUCGCAAUCGCACCUCUUCAUCUCGUCCGUGUCCCGUUUCGCGAUAUCUCCACGAUUGCGGAGCCGGUCAUCGUCUUCCAUCCCGUCCUUCUUGGACGUGAGCUCUUUCGCUUCGGACAGGCCUACGCUCGUCGCGUGAGCAGGAUCGUGCAAAAUGCGGCCGGCGGUAUUGGUGCAACAGAAGAUCAGGGUCAGGUCCGCCGCGUUCGUGCGGCCGUGCGCCCAGGGUGGUGUCCAUAUAGGUGUCCAUGGAAGGAAUAGUCAGCCUGAAUGGCGCAGGCGGGGGCGCAGGAGCCGAGAUGGAAGGUGAUGAGGGAUACAUGGGAGGGGUUUUGCAGCAGAGGGCAGUAGACACGGGGCAGAUGUACGUGCAUGACAUCCAGUGGACCUGUAAAGGUCGUGUUCCUUAGGGCCGCGUAGACGGGCGAUAGAAGGGGACGCGACGCGGGCAGGGAGUCCUGUCAGAGUCGGCGAUCGAGCGUGCGUUUGGCAGAGAUAUCUGGAGCAGGCUUGAAGGGCUGCUAGCGUCGUUAUGUCUAUCCACAUGCAAGCCUCAGCAUAUCGCGUCGUUCGGCAUAGGGUGGAAGGAGACGUAGAAGCAGGCGAGGUUGGCAAGCAUCUCAACGUGGCGGUAGGUUUGGAGGAGAUGGCGAUAGACUUGGAGUAGUAGUCGCCGUGUACGACACCUUGGCGGAACUAACGCCCUCUUGUCCCCGAGAUCUAACGCCAUGUGGGCCUGGAAGAGAAGGCGGGGGCACGGUCUUUCAUUCUGUCUUCCUGCUCAUUCACGAAGUUUUGGCUGGAGUCGGAGAGAGAGGCGUCUUCGUGAACGAGUGUAAAGCGUGCCCGCCAAGAGGAGAGACAGCCGAUAGAAGGCUCAAUGACAAAGUCCACGAGGGUCUGAAUGCGAGGAUGAGCCUGAAGGUUGGAAG